AUGAAUCUAGUUGACGCUACUGUACCAGCUAGAAAAAAUGAUUUUAAACCUGCGAGCGUUGAAAAUUCAAAAGUAGCUAAAGUCGAUGUGGGUUCAGAUAAUACGAUAACAGUUACAGUUCCACAUUUAGAUGGUGCUGGUGCACCUCAGACUGUGUUCAAAGGUUCUCAAAGGCCUUAUAACAAAGAAUAUGUUCUAAUAUUUGACAAGAAUACCGGAGAUAUUACAUUGGAGAAGCUAACCGCGAAUAUCCAAGUUAAAAAAACACGAGCGGAACCUAAACGAAAUGGUAAUGGUAAUGGUAAUGGUAACUCUGCAUCUGUUGAGGUUAAAAAAAGCCCUCCAUAUGGCAGAGCACAUGGAAGAACCAAAGUUAUCAGUGGGAAAAAGAAAGAACCUUUGCUUCAAUUGCAUCCCAAACAGAGUCCACAACAGGCAUCGCCGUAUGAUAAAAGAAGUCCGCCCAGUACAUCUACCAAUAAUUGUUCACCUGUACGUCCAUCAAAUGGACAAUCAACCUUGGCCAGCUUGCCGAUGAUUGGUUUUGACAAUGAUGAUUUUGUGCUAUCGACACCAAUGAUGCCUAUAUCUUCCUCUGCACCAGCCAUAACUAUUUCUCCGCCAAUUCAAAUACCAAAAACAAAAUCGACUACUUUAGAAAGUGAUUCCAGUUCGAGCAGUUCAAGUUCAGACAGUUCAAGCAGCGAUUAUGAAACGGAGACUAUUCCAGUGCCAACAGCGACUAAUGGUUAUUUAAAUGGUACAACAGCCUCACCUACAUUGUUCAUGUCAGAUAAUCUCUUAAAUGAUGAUCUACAAUUAUCGGAAUCAGAAUCCGAUAGUGAUUAAUGGUGAUUUGUUAUUAGAAUACAAAAUAAAAUUGUUUAAACAGUCA